GACCUCUUUUCCCAGGGCACAACAAAAAAAACCUCCACGCGCUUUUUAUCCCAUUUUAUUUCUUACUAUUCAGGGCUACUGGGCCCAGUUCCUUCCCUUGCCGCUUCAGAGUGCCCCCCUUCACUGGCUAUAAUGGUUCGUUCUGAGCGGUCGCGGCUCCCUUUGUCUCCGCUGUCCUGGGAAGGAACCAUUCUCACAGAGGGGGGAAAGAGAAUAGAAGAAUUCGUUUUCCAAGGGCGGCGGUCAAAGUCAAGCUGCCCCUCCCCGUCCGCCACAGAAUAAUUUUAAGUCAGGGGCAUAAACUGGGAGCAGCGCUGCUCGGCUUUUCCGCGCUGUGAAGAACACGCUUUCGCCGCCUCCUCUCCCGAGGGCAGAUGGUACGGUCCCAGGUGGUGCUUAGGAGUUCCAUUCAGGGGGCGGAGCCUCUGCCUCUGCUUUUAACUCGUUCUUUGCCGGCGAGGAGCUCGCAACCCCGGGGAAAAGGGGUGGGAUGCUGUGAACCGCUCUGUGAUUUUCAGGGCGAAGGGCGGCAUAUGUUAGUAAAUAACCAUAACCUGCUGGGCAGGGUCGUCUCCCCACCUCCGUCCUCCCACUCACAGUCUGGCUGCUGGGAUCGGGUGGGCAGCAGGGAGGCGCUCUGCACGUGCUCAGAGGCGCAGCCACCACCCAGCAGGUUCCGGGGCGGAGGGGGCGGAUCGUGAGCGGGAGCCCCGCCUGGGGGCCGUCUGGCCGGCUGCCGCGUCUCCGCCCCGCCCGGGGCUGCCGCUUGUCCCCGUCCGGAGGAAAGCGUCGCCGCCACGACAGCUGUUGCUCCGCUGACCCGAGGCCUCCUGAGGUUUUUCCUGCUCGUUUCUGCCUCGGCCAUGAAGCCCCAUGUCACCUACCACCAGCUGAAGGUGCUGCGCAGUCCUGAGGAGCCCCCACUGACCCAGCAGCCCAGCUUGGCUCCAAAGAAGGACUUCCGCUGCAUCCUUGUGGUGGCCAUCCUCUCGACGAUGCUGGCGACCGUCCUCCUUUUCCACAUGUUCAUCCUCCCCUUUCAUGGUCUGACCUCGGCAGGGAAGGAGGCGGCUGCCGGGCCUUACCUGGGCAACAGGUGCAACGAUCCCUGCAGGAGCGUCCUGGUGGAGAGCAUCCCCGAGGGGCUGACGUACGACGACAACAGCACCCUCAACCCUUCCAUCUUCGACGCCUGGAAGACCCUCCUGGGAGACGCCACCCGCAGUGUGGACAUCGCCUCUUUUUACUGGACCCUGAGCAACAAGGACACCGGCACCCAGGACCCCUCGGCCGGCCAGGGGGAGGAAAUCCUGGCAGCGCUGAGGGAGGUGCCCAGCAGAGGCGUCACCUUGCGGAUAGCCGUCAAUCCUCCUUCCUCCCGGAUGCCUUGCUCUGACCUGCAGCUGCUGGAGGAGAGCGGCGCCCAGAUCCGCAAAGUCAACUUCCCGGAACUGACCGGUGGGGUCCUGCACACCAAAUUCUGGAUCGUGGACCAGCAGCACAUCUUCCUUGGCAGCGCGAACAUGGACUGGCGCGCCCUCACCCAGGUGAAGGAGCUGGGCAUGGCUAUCUACAACUGCAGCUGCCUGGCCCAGGACUUGGGGAAGAUGUUCGAAGCCUACUGGGCUCUGGGUCUGUCCAACGCCACCAUCCCGUCGCCCUGGCCGGCCAAUUACUCCACCUCCUAUAACAAGGAGACGCCGCUGGAGCUGGAGCUGAACGGCACGGAGGCCGGGGUCUACUUCUCGAGUGCUCCCCCUGCGCUGUGCGCCACAGGGCGGACAGAGGACCUCCAGUCCCUGGUGAGCAUCAUUGAUGACGCCAAUGAGUUUGUUCACAUUGAGGUGAUGAGCUACCUGCCCACCAUGGAGUUCUCGCACCCCAAGAGGUUCUGGCCAGUGAUUGAUGACCACUUGCGGAAGGUGGCUUACGAGAGGAGAGUCCGUGUGCGACUGCUGGUCGGAUGCUGGAGGCACUCCAAGGCCAACAUGUUCCCCUUCCUGCGCUCCCUGGCUGCCAUGCACGACGUCCGCACCCACUACAACAUGGAAGUGAGGCUCUUUGUGGUCCCAGCCAAUGAGUCGCAGGCCAAGAUCCCCUACGCCAGAGUCAACCACAGCAAGUUCAUGGUGACGGACAAGGUGGCUUAUAUUGGAACAUCCAACUGGUCCGGGGACUACUUCCUUCGCACGGCGGGGUCCGCUCUGGUAGUGAACCAGAGCCACGUGGGGGCCGGAGAACAGCUCACGGUUCGCGAUCAGCUGCAGGCGGUGUUUGAGCGGGACUGGAACUCCAGAUACAGCCAGGAGCUGAGCUUGCCGGGCCAGUGGGAGCAGUUGUGCGGCACCUACUAGCCAAAGGGACACCCCCUCUGCCCGUCCCCAGCUGGAGAGGGGCUGCGAGCACCAGCCCCCUGUCGGAGGCCGGUGGAGGGGCUUCCCCAGAGGCAGGGGGUCUCCCUGGGGAACUUUGCGGGACCCCUGCUCUCCAGCCGAGUGAACCAGGGGGGUACCCAAGGCCUCCUUGGGGGCAAAUGUCUGGGGUAAGAGAAACUCCUGCAAGGGAACAAUUCAGCCUGACCGAAGGAUUGGGGGUGGGUGGGGGGUUUGCCAUGCGCAAACGACCAAGUGACGUGUGCAAAGGGAGCUUUUGGCGCAUGCAAAUUGUGGGUAAAAAGUCACUGUUCCGAACUGGGAAGCAAAAGGGUUUUGCGUGGGUGGGAGGAUAGGUGUAGAGAAGAGGGCGUUUAGCAGUUAGGGGGAAAGGGGACGUGGGUUUAAGGAGACGAAAAUGGAAAAGGCUUCCUGGCCAAAAAGAUCCCUCGCGGAGGAAUCUCCUCCUCCUGUUCAGCAGAAGUGUGAAGUAUCGCGAGAGAGGAGGUGUUGCAGACGAUGUGCCGCUCAGAAGCUCCCAAGUCGGGUGGGACCUGUCUGAACCUGUGGAGAGCCUCUGCCAGUCCGUGUAGGCUGUGCUAAGCUAGAUGGGCCAAGCAGUCCGACUUGGCGCUCCCUGUUCUGCCUUGUUUCUCUGCCAUAAAUGCCUUUCAGAGAGGACCACACACACCAAGCAACUAACCAGCUUCUGUCGCUGCCGAAAUUGCCACUGUCCUUCCUUGACCAGUGGCUCUUAGGCACUCAGCACUCAAAGAGUGCUGGCAAUGAGAACUGUAGACUCAUAGCGGUGGAAGGGAUACCCAAAGGUCCACUAGACCAACCCCCAGCUGCAAUACAGGAAUCCCAGCUGAAGCAUCCCUGGCAGGGAUCCAUCCAACCUCUGCUUAGAAACCUCCGAGGGAGGAGAUUCUACCUCCUUCCGAGGGAGACUCCUCCACUGUCACACAACUCUUGCCGUCAGAAAAUUCCUCCUGGUGUUUAGUCAGAAUAAUAAUAAUAAUAAUAAUAAUAAUAAUAAUAAUAAUAAUAAAAAUUAUUUAUAU